AUGUGCGAACACUGCGUUCUGCCCUGCACGUCGCGACGCCAUCUUGCAAACCACCGGCGUUACUGCACCGAUAAUCCGGACAAGGUCAAGUCUAAGAAGGCUCGCGCGGAAGCGGAUGCUCGUGGAGGUCAUUGCGACAAGUGCAACAGAGACUUCAAGAAGCGAAACGCACUCUACCAGCACAACCACGGCCGCCACCCCAACAAACCCGGGGAGAGCGACUCAGACGUUUACAUUGAGAGUGAUGCAAAUGUCGACGCUGAGAGCGAAGAAGAAAGUGCGGACGAAAGUGAAGAAGGUAGCGAAGAAGAGGUUUCCAGCAACGGAGAUGGGAGCGAGGCGGAGAGUGAAGCUUGGAGCGAUGCAGAGGGCGAUGCUGAGAGCGCGGAGGACAGCGAGUAA